AUGUCUUCCACGGAUAGUACAGCAUCGUCACCCUCGAGUUCGUCCGUCGCUAGCGGGUCGGCUGCACAAAGUUCCACCGUCGCGGAUAACAUGAGACGCGCGGAGGCGGUUGCUGCAGCAGACUCCAGCCUUGCAAGUGGUAACUCCGGGGAAAACAGAAUGGCCGUUCAUCCUGCAGACCGAAAGAGGCGGUUGACAAGCACUGGCGAGGAUGUUAGAUUACAACGAACGAGGUCUGGCAGUGCGGCGGGACCUUCGACAACCAGGACAGUACUUCCCAACAGGUCUGCCUCACUGGUUCUGCCAGUAUCACGGUCAAGACCUUCUGGUUUUGCGGCACCGGGGUCGUCAUAUGCCACGGCUAUUGAUAUCUCUUCGUCGCCUCCAGCGCCGCCUUCUGGGCUGGACAAUAGUGGACGUGGCUCUCGUUGGAUGCAGGCUUCGUUACACGACAACUCUCCUCCACGACCAAGCAGACACUCCUCUUAUGCCUCGUCACAUCGUAAUGAAGACGAAGGAUACAUGGAAUUCACGCGACCUCAAUGGCAGCCUGAUGCCGAGGCGACGAGCUGCCCAAUUUGCGCGACGGUGUUCAGUUUUUGGUACAGAAAGCACCAUUGCCGGAAGUGUGGAAGGGUGGUGUGUGCUUCAUGCUCCCCCCAUCGAAUCACUAUUCCUAGGCAGUACAUCGUUCGCCCUCCCGAGUCUCUUUCCUCUUCCACCCAUCUUCCUGCACCCUCACCCACAGCAACGCCUUCACGUUCCCCACAGAUCUUUGAUCCUAUUGGAGAAGAUCUCACCUCAUUUCUUUCCACUGUCAACCCUGCUCUCGGAGGUGGUGAAGAAGUUCGUCUCUGCAAUCCUUGCGUCCCAGAUCCAAAUCCGAACCCUCCUCAACCCUACAGCACCGUACGUCCAUAUGGUCAUCGAUCUACUCAGUCUCUCUCGUCUUCCGACAUGGGAAACGUAUUCUCCAGAUCACAGCGUGCGCAAGGCGAUCCUCGUCAAUCCCGGCGUACUGUUGGUGAUCAUGACCGACCACACUAUUUGCGGGAUUGGAGUCACCGUAUGAGUGAUCAUGCCAGAGAGGCGGUUCACGAUACGUACCCCGACGUCCUUGUCCAGGGACGCGAGAUGCGACGUGCACGCCGCGCCAGCCAAGCCACUGCUGCCCCCGAAGCCCAGCAGAACCUGGAGCUGACCACCCACGACGACGGCCAAGGAUCCCUCGUUACGAUACUAGCGCCUCGCGCCCGACGCCGGUCUGCUGUUUCUGAGCGCGACCUCUGCCCCGUGUGCGGUCAGCGAUUCCUAUCGUUAACCGAAGAGAACCCCAUAGAGGUCCGCGAAGCCCACAUCCGCGAAUGCAUCGACAACCACGCGAUCCGCUCCACCCAUCGCGAAUCCCCGACCUCAAGACAGGCUCCUCCCGUGCCUCCGCCCUUUCCGUCGUUCGUCCGUAUGGUCAAGUUUACGGCGACGGAGAAGGAUUGCCUUGACGACGACGGCAAGGUGGCGGAGUGCAUGAUUUGCAUGGAGGAGUACAAGGUGGACGACGUGCUGGCCCGCCUCGAAUGCCUGUGCAAGUUCCACCUUGACUGCCUUGAGGAUUGGUUCCAGAAGAAGUCUGAGUGUCCUGUUCACUUCCGCCCGGAGUGA